CCUCCUCCUCACGCCACAGCCUCGCCGGGCUCGGGCGCGCUGAACCCCUUCGACCGCCGGCUGAAGCGGAAGCAGAAGAACUGGGCGGCGCUGCAGGCCGAGCCCGCCAAGUGCGAUUACCUGCGGGAGGAGGUCGGCGGCAGGAUCGCGGACCGGGUGUUCGACAUCACCAGAACGUUUCCUCUCGCUUUGGAUGUUGGCUCUGGAAGAGGUUACAUAGCUCAGCACUUAACCAAGGAAACAGUUGAAAAACUUAUUCAAGUUGAUAUCGCAGAGAAUGCUUUAAAAAAUGCUGUAGAAUCUGAAAUCCCAACGGUCAGGGUUGUAGCUGAUGAAGAAUUCCUUCCUUUCAAAGAAGAUACGUUUGAUCUUGUUGUCAGCAGCUUAAGUUUACAUUGGGUGAAUGAUCUUCCUAAGGCUUUCAGAGAGAUCCACCAGGUGCUGAAGCCCGACGGAGUGUUCAUCGGGGCCAUGUUUGGGGGGGACACUCUGUACGAGCUGCGCUGCUCUCUGCAGCUGGCCGAGCUGGAGAGGGAAGGGGGCUUCUCUCCUCACGUGUCGCCCUUCACCGCCGUCGCCGAUCUGGGACAUCUGCUCUCCAGGGCCGGCUUUAACACCCUCACCGUGGAUACUGAUGAAAUCCAAGUGAACUACCCAGGGUUAUUUGAGGUUAUGGAAGACUUACAAGGUAUGGGGGAGAGUAAUUGCUCUUGGAAUAGAAAACCUCUGCUACACAGGGAGACAAUGCUGGCAGCUGCUGCAAUAUACCAAGAAAUGUACGGAAACAGCGACGGCUCGGUACCUGCCACGUUUCAGAUCUACUACAUGAUUGGCUGGAAAUACCAUGAGUCACAGGCAAAACCAGCCCAGCGAGGUUCUGCGACAGUUUCAUUUGGAGAUCUGGCAAAAAUAGAAGGACUUCUUAAAAGAGGAAAAAAAUAGCUGUUCAUCAGAAAUAAUAAUUGUCUUGAAACUUCUAUAAAAGUUUUAACUGCAGACAGUCUUCACUUGUGCUUAUUUAGUGAUGACAUCCUGAAAUGAUAAUAAAGUAUGCACAGUAGAGGUUUUUGUACUGCCACGGCAUCAUCUGUGUAAAAUGCUGUUAAUAUUUUGUUUCUAGAUAAACAUUUGAGCAGUUUGCUCUCCCAAUUCUUUGAGAGAGCAAUUCAGCUCUCAACUGUUUAUUAAAUUUACUAUAUUC